AAUUAGAGCUAACAAGAGUUCAAGACCUCCUCUUGUUAGCUUGUUCCUUUUCUUCGAUAAUCUUAUUCAAAAGUAGACAGAUAUAUAGUCGAAGCUCAUUUACAAAACAAUCAAAAUGGCUCUAAACGUAUUGGCGUUUACAUUUGGAAUCAUGGGCAAUAUCAUAUCAUUUAUCGUUUUCUUGGCGCCAGUGCCAACGUUUGUUAGGAUUUGCAAGAAAAAAUCUAUAGAAGGCUUUCAGUCACUUCCUUAUGUAUCAGCGCUUUUUAGCGCGAUGCUAUGGAUCUACUACGCUAUGCAGAAAGAUGGAUCAGGCUUCCUCCUGAUAACCAUUAAUGCCGUUGGAUGCUUCAUCGAAACCAUCUACAUCAUCCUCUUCAUAACCUAUGCUAACAAGAAAGCUAGAAUAUCAACUUUGAAGGUUCUUGGGCUCUUGAAUUUCUUGGGUUUUGCUGCUAUUAUUCUUGUAUGUGAGCUCUUGACCAAAAGAUCGAACCGUGAGAAAGUCCUUGGAGGGAUUUGCGUCGGAUUUUCUGUUUGUGUCUUCGCAGCUCCUUUGAGCAUCAUGAGAGUGGUGAUACGAACAAAGAGUGUGGAGUUCAUGCCCUUCUCUCUAUCAUUGUUUCUUACACUCAGCGCCAUCACGUGGCUCUUCUACGGUCUUGCUAUUAAAGACUUCUACGUUGCGCUUCCAAAUAUAUUGGGUGCAUUUCUCGGAGCAGUUCAAAUGAUUCUCUACAUCAUAUUCAAGUACUACAAGGCUCCAAAAGUUGAUGACACAGAAAAACCCAAAACGGUGGCAGAUCACUCCAUUGACAUGGUCAAGCUUGCAUCAGCAACUCCAGUAGUUUCCGGUGAUUUGAGGGUUCAUGCUCAAACUCAUGGUGGUGGUGAUUUGGAGGGUCAGAUGGAAAAGAAAGUGUCAAACCAAAUCUAAACCUAAGUAGUUUUUUUAUUAUUGAUUUUAUCAAUGUUGUACUGUUGAGUCGUGUUUCACUAGAUUGUACUUUGUCGUCUUCUAUUUUUCCCAACCUUAUUAUUUCGAAACAUUUCGAAAUUGUAUUAUCCUUCCAAAAGUAUUUAAUAAAAUAGUUCUG